AUGUCCUUUGUGAGAGUGAACCGUUACUACCCUCGGGGAGGAGGAAGAAAAACACUGAAAGUAAAGAAGAAGCAAUCUUCAGUGAAGCAAGAAUGGGAUAAUACCGUGAAUGAUUUAACAGUCCAUAGAGCAACUCCUGAAGAUCUACUGCGUCGUCAUGAAAUACACAAAUCGAAGAAUAGAGCAUUAGUACACUGGGAACUCCAAGAAAAAGCUCUGAGACGAAAAUGGAGGAAGCAGAAACCAGAAGCUUCUACUCUUGAGAAAAGGAGACUGGCUAUCAUGAAGGAGAUUCUUUCUGAUCAAUACCAGAUGCAGGAUGUACUGGAAAGAUCUGAUCAUUUGAUGGCUGCAGCAAAAGAUCUAUUUGUUGAUUUUCCUCGUAGGCACACAGGGUUUCCGAAUGUAACAAUGGCUCCUGAUUCCUCUCAAAACCCCAUCAUAUUAAAUCGAGACCCUGUCACCCAGUCCAUUCUGAGUGAAUCUGUCAUAGACCCUCAGGCUCUUAAUGAAAUAGAAGAUGAAGGAAGAGAAGUAACUGUUAAUAGCCAAUCAGAAGAAAGUGAGAAUGAGUUGGAUAGCACUCUGAACUCUGAGUCUAACAUGAAUACAGAGAGGUUUCUUCACCAACUAAAGGAAGAAAAUUCUGAGUUAAUUAAUAAACUCUGGACUGAUAUUCAGCAGAAAAUAGCAGCACAGUCACACAGAACCUCUCCUUCAGGAACUCCAGUAUCUGCCACUCUAUCAGGUGACCAAAGAGCUGCUUUGAAUGCAACCAAUGCUGUCAAGAGAAUCCACACCAAGCUUCAGCCUCAAGAAUCUUCUGAGACUCUAGAUUCCAGCUACAUUGUGGGACAAGUGCUGAACCCCAGGAAGCCAAAGCAUCUGUUAAAUAAAGUGAAAAGAAAACCGGAUUUGCAUGCUCCUUCCAAGCAGAAGAAAAACAUGUUAUCAACUAGUACAGCCUCUGCAGAUUUACGAACUAACAAUAAUCCCAGCCUGGAUAUCCUCAAACACAUGAUAGAUGAAGUGGAACACGAAAUGGAAGAAUAUGAGCGGUGGACAGGGCGUGAGGUCAAGGGACUGCAGAAUGGUCAGGGUCUCACGGGCUUCACGUUGUCCUUGGUGAGCUCCCUCUGCCGCCUGCUUCGGUACCUACGAGAGAGUGAGGUGCAACUGCGUAAAGAAGUUGAGACAAGGCAGCAACUGGAACAAAUGUUGGUUGAUCAUCGAGAGCUCAUCGAUGCUCUCACAGCUGAAAUUCUUCUUCUUAGAGAAGACAAUACUACUGUGAAGACAAGACUUCAGCAGUACAUGGUAACUACAGAUGAGAAAAUUAUAUCACUCACACAUGCCAUUAAGAAUUGUCCUGUGAUAAAUAGCAACAGAGAAGAAAGUCACUUAUCCGAAAGGGGAGCCAUUAGUAGAAUUAUGAACAGUGCAGAGACUCCAGUUGUGAAUGCUAAUGCCUCCGUGCCCUUGGUGUUCCGAGGGGAAGAAGUGUCUGAAUUCCCACAGGAAGAGCUGCCUGUUAAACUGUCUCAGGUGCCAAAUCCACCAGAGACUGUGGCUCUGACCGGCAAUUUUCCAGCACAUGUAUUUGAGCCAGCUGUGUUGUUAACACCCCCCAGGCAGAAGAGUAACUCUGAAUUCUCCCCUCUACAGGAUGUACUGAGGAGGACUGUUCAAACGCGCCCUGCCCCGCGCAUUCCUCCAACUGUGGAAAUAAUUGAGAAGGAACAGAAUUGGGAAAAGAAGACCUUACCUCCUGGUACUGACAUUCAGAAUCCAAAUGAAGAGAACCGUCUCUUCACCCAGAGGUGGAGGGUUUCUCAUAUGGGAGAAGAUUCAGAGAACAAAAACCAGGCUCCGUUUGUCAGCCAUUCACAGCCUUGCUGCGGUUCCCAUGCAAACACUCAGCAGUCGCGAGUGUUCUCAGAAGAGCCUCCAGUAUUGGGAGAUGGACAACUUAGAACCAGUGAGGCACUGAUACAAAGAAAUGACAUAAUGACACGGAUUGCUGAGCUGACACUGCAGAAUUCAGCUAUCAAGGCACACCUGAAUAAUAUCAUUGGCCCAGGGGGAGAGCAAGGAGAUGGGCCUCAGGAAGUAAACAAACAAGAAAGUGCAGGCGACUUCACUGCUACUUUUCCAACAGCACAAGUAGCAUGUAGCAUGGAGGAACGGAUUGCAGAGUUGAAUCGACAAAGUAUGGAGGCUCGUGGAAAACUACUGCAGUUGAUAGAGCAGCAGAAACUUGUCUGUGUGAAUUCUACCUCUCCAAGAGUAUCACCUGUUCAGUCACCUCACAAAAUCUGGACUGAAGGAGGAAAGAGGACAAUUGAGAUAUCUAUUCCAGGAGCAGAAGUCACAGAAAGCUCAAAAUGCAGUACUGUCUCUCCUACCAAUGGGAUAAACACAAGAAGAUCUUCAGGGGCUGCUAGUAAUUCCUGUUCUCCAUUAGAUACCACUGCAGGAAGUGGACGAUUUGUACCGAUUAAUCCAAGAGGCAAGAUUGAGAAACAAAAUGAAGAAGGAUGGUUUGCCCUUUCUACCCAUGUGUCAUAA